AUGCCUUCACACAUUGCCCUACCUGGCGCUGCGCGUCCUCGUCAAAGGUUUCGUGUGAACGGGUCUAAUUGGCGAUGGGUCAAGAAGGGAUUCACUCUAUUGUUUGCGUUUUUUAUUACUACAUUUUUACUUUACCGCUUAAUCGUUAAUGAUAGUGUUUGGCGACCCUCGGGACCGAUAUUAGAAGACACCAGAAUCACCCCCGCCAACAUCUCCUCUGGGGACCGAAAAUUCGUUAUUAUCUUGCCCGUCGAUAACUCGAGUCCCGAUCUAUGCAAAGUCGUCAGCAGUGCCGUUGCUCUCGGCUACCCAGCUCCUGUUAUCGUCAAUUGGAAGAACGACUUUCACACCGACGCCGACGGCAUUGGACCUUCGCAGCUAGGCAAGAUCACCGGUACACUCAACUACCUACAGUGGGCUACUGGCGAUGAGGCCUCCGAAGACGAAAAACUAGGGGAGGACGAUCUGGUGCUUAUGCUCGACGCCCACGAUAUUUGGCUACAACUACCACCCAGCGUCAUGCUGAACCGAUACUACAGCGCGAACGAACGAGCAAACAAGCGAAUUGCCCAGGACUACGGCUUCUUCGACAAGGACCUUAUGCAGCAGACCAUCAUCGCUGCUGCGCAAAAGGGCUGCAUCGCCCCCCGCGACAAGAUUUCGAACCUCUACUGCCACGACGUUCCCGACAGCACACUCCCCGAGAAUGUGUUUGGCUUCUUUACCGAUUACAACGUCGGACGAUACAAAUAUGUACGACCCAAGUAUGUCAACAGCGGAAGUUUCAUGGGCCCUGCAGGAGAUAUGCGCCGAUAUUUCCAACGCGUCAAGGAUCGCAUGGACAAGGAUCUUCUCGAGGUGAGGUCCAACGAGGAUCUCGCUGGUGAUCAGGGCAUCUUUGCCGAGGUGUUUGGCGAGCAAGAACUUUGGCGCCAACACAUUCACGAAGACGACUUUGCGCACGACAACCCCGGCAAGGAGGCUGCGUUAUCGGCACGAGACGAAUUCGAAUACCACGUUGGCCUGGACUACGCGCAAGAGCUCUUCUACCCGACUUGCUAUUCUGAAACAGGAGGAUAUUUUGUGUCCCUCGACGACCCUUCUUCCAUCGCCAAACAGUCGAGCAAAGCGGGCGUCUCGCCACCACGCAUUGGGGGUGUUCCCAACGACAUUUCCACCGCGGAAGCUCCCUUGGCCCAAUUGGACGACGGCAGCAACCAAGGUGGCUCGUGGGGUGACGUCUCGCUUUAUGUCGACUUUUGGACAACAUCGGUUCCUGUUGCGAUCCACCACAACGCUUGGAGAGACGGUCUCAAGAGCCGUCGAACAACAUGGUGGGAUAAGACGUGGUACUUUCCCCACCUGCGCAACCUUUUGGAGGCACACAUGGCAGCAAACACGACUGCGCCACUAGCAAGCAUCGCGGCAGACGAUGGCAAUCUGGAGGUGUGGUCCUACGGCGCAAAGGCCAAGGGAAGCGCGUCGCUUCUGUUUGGCAAGAAUAAAGAGUCCAAGGCUUGGCAGCUCCGAUCGACAGAUUGGAACACAGUCUGCAAAUCAAGUAAUGACGAGGAUGAGGCUGAGACACGCUGGUAUGACGAAGUGUUCCGGGACGGAAAGGGUUUACUAUAG